UUAAUAACUAUUUGAGCUGUGUUCACAACAUAGCAUGAUAAACAACUAAAAUGUUGGCCAGAGCGAAAAGAACGUGGAUAAUACCGGAAUAAAUAAAAAUCAAUAUAUAUUUAUUAAAAACGAGAGCACGUACAAAUACGCACGCACGCGCGCCCUAAAUUGCCAUGGCAACCGAACGAUGACCCGACCGAGGGUAUUUAAGGUCAGCGGACUUUCUGAACGUUCCUUUUGCACUUUGACUUGAACACGAACUUUAAACCUCUUGUGAAAGCAAACUGCUGAGAACGAAAUCUUUGAGUUUUGGACUGCUGGACGGAAUCUACUGGAUACGAAUAUUGUUGGAGAAGUGAACGACUACAUAACAUCUUUUGUGGAGCACAGACGAGGCUGAAACAGGCCCUCAGGAGCGGCGGAGCAUCGAGGACGACCACCUGCUGAAGGAAGUUGGCUGUGAUCCGAACCUUCGGUGUUCAAGUAAGACAACGUUUUGAUCCUCUUACAUCCUUAGAAGGGUCCCCAGGUUAUACAUGACUAAGACACAUUGAGUUUAAAGGUGAAGGAAAUAAGAUUUGAUGGACAAAGACACUCAGUCGAGGAUUUCUCCGUGUAAAAUGAUUAUUGGAGGGGCGGGAUGUGUUACAUCUCGCGGGACAUCUCUGGGGUGUGUCAACAAUUAGUGUAGAUGUUUUAAAACACUGUUAUUUUGGUUUGAGGGUAACAAAUCGUCGAAGAUUAACAUUGGAAUUUGUGAAAAAAGAUGGCGCUGAGAACGCCAUGGAACGCUGAAAUAAAUGUUUUUAUUUGGAAACCACCGGGUCCAUAGAGACGGUUGAGGUGUGACGUCACAACGUGAAGGUGUAGUCACGGUGGUUGAAACUUACUUAUGAAUGUAUUAUUACAUGCUCCAUACACUAUUUCUCUUGAUAUUUAACAUCGAAAUGCACUCUGCUCGUGGUUGAUGCAUUUCAUAAGAGUGACAAGAGCGAUUUGUUAAGUAACCGUAUAGGACUGCAUGUGCGCGUGCUGCACAUCCCCCUUGCGCUGCGAUGUACCACUCAUAGAAUAAAGAGGUGAUCAAUUGAAGAAGGACUGGUAUCAGGAAAACGCCCGAUACCAGUUCUAUAUUUUACACUAUAUUUCACACUAGUCUGAAUGUUAGAUGUACUCUGUGUAGACUGUGAUAAAGCUUCCUGACUGAUUCUUAAUGUACACACAUAUUCAUAUUUAGAAUAAACAACUGAUAGACUCUAUCUUCUUUCAUAUUUACACCGCCAAAUCUUUCAUUUUCUCAUGAAUUAUGAAAAGAAAAUGGUGUUGCAAUAUCAGACCUGGUCAGGGGUCAAUUUAAUAAUAUGACUGUCCGUGGGUUUGAUACCAGCAGCAUGUGUAAGGCCUCCUUCAGUUUUCAACACUGAACCAAAUGCAAACAGUUUUAUUAUCCUGCGUUUUCUUUUGUUAGUGUAUUAUUUAUUGCAUGACAUCUACUUUGAAUCCACUUUUAAUGCAAUAUGUGAUGUGAGAAAUGACCACGAUGUGCAUCGGUGAUCUGAGGGUUGUGUUGUUGUUUAUUUACCCUCAGAUGGCCCGACGGUGCAGCUACACCAGCGUCCAGAUCCCGGACCCUAACCGGCCCGGGAUCCUGCGGACCAUCCUCAGGAUCAGAGGACCGGCCUCCCUGAUCGGCACCUCACCUGGGCCAUCUCCUCCCUCUUCUGCUACCUUCUCCUUUCCCUCUUCUUCAAGCUCCUCCUCUAAUUCUUCUGGCUCCUCUUCUAGUUCUUCUAGCUCCUCCUCUAGUUCUUCUUCUCGCUCCUCCUCUAGUUCUUCUGGCUCCUCUUCUAGUUCUUCUAGCUCCUCCUCUAAUUCUUCUGGCUCCUCUUCUAGUUCUUCUAGCUCCUCCCCUAGUUCUUCUUCAAGCUCCUCCUCUAAUUCUUCGGGCUCCUCUUCUAGUUCUUCUAGCUCCUCCUCUAAUUCUUCUGGCUCCUCUUCUAGUUCUUCUAGCUCCCCAUCUAGUUCUUCUUCUCGCUCCUCCUCUAAAUCUUUCCGUAGCAUCCCCUCAAUUUCCACCCAUGGACAAGGUAAGUCUUUAAAGGUAAGUCCCCAUGAACCAUUAUCUAAAAGGAGCUGUGCUAGAGUGGUGUGCGUAUACCAGUUAAACAGCCGGUGGUUUAAAAGAGCCACUGGUACUCCAGACAUUCAACCUUUGCCUAAGCCUCCUCAGGGACCCGGGGAACCAUCGCAGGUAAGUCCCCCUAAGCCUCGUCAGGGACCCGGGGAACCAUCGCAGGUAAGUCCCCCUAAGCCUCCUCAGGGACCUGGGGAAGCAUCGCAGGUAAGUCCCCCUAAGCCUCCUCAGGGACCCGGGGAACCAUCGCAGGUAAGUCCCCCUAAGCCUCGUCAGGGACCCGGGGAACCAUCGCAGGUAAGUCCCCCUAAGCCUCCUCAGGGACCUCGGGAAGCAUCGCAGGUAAGUCCCCCUAAGCCUCCUCAGGGACCUGGGGAAGCAUCGCAGGUAAGUCCCCCUAAGCCUCCUCAGGGACCUGGGGAAGCAUCGCAGGUAAGUCCUGGUGAGUAUCGGCCGUUAUGGGACCAGCCUGAGCCAGAUUGGGUGGUAGAUAUGAGGGUUUAUCUAGAGUGGAGAGACCAGUUUGACAGCUGGUGGUGCAAUAGACGCACUGAUGCUCCAGGUAAUAUUAGGAACCAUAAUCCAAAUAAGAAUGUUUAUUCGUUUGAAAAGAAUUUAUCUGAGUUUGAAAUUACUUACAUGGAGUAAAAUGAUUUACAUGUUUACAUUCAUUUUUAAGUUUCAUCAUGCUGUAUUUUUUGUAUUAAGUUGUAUUUAUUUGUAUGUUUUUAUUUGAUAGUAUUUCAGUAAUAAUACACUUUCAAUCCUGGAAGACAGCUCCAGAAACCUGUUCAACCUCCAGCUUGGUCCAGAUCCAGGCCUGACACCUCCAUCCUUCAGUCUUCAAGAAGUCUGCAGUCUUCCUGAACCGCCAUCUCUGGUCCGUGCCGUUGACCUGAAACUCACCUCCACUUGGCUUAACAUCUACAAUCUUCCGCUCCUGGCCUGAGCCUUCACCCGACACCUCCAUCCUUCAGUCUUCAAGCAGUCUGCAGUCUUCCUGGACCGCCAUCUCUGGUCCGUGCCGUUGACCUGAAAGCCACCGCCAAGAAAUGGUCCCUUCUACGACCGUCGGUCAACCUGCUGGACUUCGCCUCACCACACUUCGGGCCCCCUGACACGCCCGUAUCUCUUGUGGGUCAAGGAUUCUGUGAAGGGCCCACUCCUGGAACCAGAAAGUCGUGGACUACUGGUGUUUCUCCGUUUUGUGGUUUUUGUCAUCUGACUCAACAAAAUAAACCUUUUUGU